AAAAUCGUAACUUUUGAGGGAAAUCAUGGAAGGACAAAACGAUUACGACGCGUUUUUGGCCGGACACAAACCUCAGCUGGAGGCUUCCGGGGUGCCGGAGCACCUGUGGCAAGAACUUUUCCGGAAACUGAACCAGCAAAUAUUCGACGCCGGCAAUAGCUUCUCGCUGAUGUUGGUGGAUUAUGGCGAGGAGCAACGCUCGGAGGAAGAUCCGAUAUGGACAGUGGCCGUUACGAAAGAAGGCGGUCUUAGGGCAAAAGAUCCGUGCGAAAUUUAUCUCGUAGAUCACGCGUGGACCUUCCGGACCGACAACGCCCGGCAACUGUUGAACGAACAUCCGGCUCUGGUCAAUCGGCUGGCCAUUAUGAUGGGUAUCGAGCAGGAAGAUGUACCGCGCACCGUUGUCGUCGGGAAGAUACUGAACGACGUCUGGAAGUGGUGCAACAUGUAUUCCCUGAACGGGGAAGGUUUGUCGGUGGAAAACCGAAUGCCGAUUUGGUACGUCAUGGAUGAGCUGGGCAGCGGGAUUUUGCACGGUGAUGAGCCGAAUUGCCGGGUUGUGCCCUUUAUUCAUGUUACAGAACAGAUGACCUACAGUUUGCUGUUCCCCAUCGAGGAUAUCGACGAGGGCGAUCAGCUGUACAGGGAUUUUGUUGAAGGUGUUCCCGAUAAAAGCAAGGAGCGAGAUGCUUUGUUGCUUCCUUGGCGUUACACCCGAUUCAUCGAAGAAAACUUCCAGCAAAUGGAACCACCCAAGGAAUAUUUUCUGGCUGGACAUAUUGAAGAGUCACUACAGAAUCCAGAUGUAGCACCUCCGCUAUUCGAUGGCAAUCGUCCUUUGAAAGUGUACUCCCAGUACGAUAUGGUCAACAAAUACCUCACUGAUCCGGGCUUCGAGAUUGUUGACAACCCGGACGAUGCCGAUAUCCUGUGGAUGACUUCCCACUUCAAGCAAUACAAAGAGUUCAGCGAAUCAACGCCCAACAAGUACAUUAAUCAAUUCCCAUUUGAAAACGUCAUAACGAUCAAGGACCUUCUGAGUGUUGUCUGCCGGAGGAUGGCCAAGAAGGGCGGCAGCCAAGAUCGGUUGGGACCGAACCCAAGAUGGUUGCCGGUUACCUACAACCUCAAAACAGAAUUGGUAGAAUUCGUUAGCUACUUCCAAAAUCGGGCUGCAAAAGGUUUGGACAACCAUUACAUCAUCAAGCCUUGGAAUCUGGCUCGUGGUCUGGACAUGUACAUUACGAAAAAUCUGUCACAAAUUAUGCGGCUCCAGCAAACCGGACCAAAAAUCGUCCAAAAAUACAUUGAAAACCCGGUACUCUUCGAGCGACCCGAGGUCGAAGGAAAAGUUAAGUUCGACGUUCGAUAUGUCGUUCUACUGAAAAGCGUCGAUGAUCCGGCUGCCUACAUCUAUACCAACUUUUUCUUGCGCUUCGCGAACAAAUCGUUCGAUUUGACCGAUUUCGACGACUACGAGAAACAUUUCACCGUCAUGAACUACUCACAGUUUCAGUUGCGGCAUAUGAAAUGCGAAGAAUUUUUGGACCAGUGGGCCGUGCAAUAUCCAAAACAUCCGUGGCAGACGAUCGAAGACGAUAUUAGCAGCAUGCUGAAGGAAGUUGUUUUGGGAGCCACUCAGCGUAAGCCACCUUGUGGAAUCGGAGCCAGCUCUCAGUCCCGCGCCCUGUAUGCCGUAGAUUUGAUGUUGGAGUGGACCAAUGAGGGCACCCGGGUGCAGCCCAAGAUUUUGGAAAUCAAUUUCACUCCUGAUUGCGAACGUGCCUGCAAAUACUAUCCAGAGUUCUAUAACGAUGUUUUCAAUCUGCUGUUUUUGGAUCAGGAAAAUGUUGACGUUUUCCGAAGAAUCGUUUGACGAAAUAGUGGAUAAUAUAUAAUUAUCAGAAA